UUAGAAAACCUUGGGAAGGUAACUGAAAUUUAGGCAAAAGUUGUUACAGGACACAGCAAAAACGCUUUUUGUAAAAAUUUCCCCAUUUUUCACAGAAGCUCGUAGAUCAAAGGGUUUUGGCUUUUCACUCAGUAAUGGCUCUAGUUCUAGGUUUUUUAGUCUCCGAUUCGAAGCUGUAAUUGAACUUUGAAGUCUGAACUCGCUUGAUUCGACUCUGUUAAAUCGGAUUUGUGGACUUAGCUAUGUACAGUGGGUCAAGCGAUGGCGAGAGCCACGAGGCCGCGCAGAGGAAGAUCCCGCCGGCCUCUUCCAUGCCUUGGGUUCGCAAUCUCCGCCGGUACAUCGGAUCCGGUGCUGGUCUGGGAUCCGAAGCCCUAAUGGAGCUCGAGACAAAGAGGAUAUUGCUUGAUAUUUUCAAAGAGAAGCAACAAAAAAGUGCUGAAGCUGGCACAAUACCAAGUUUUUAUAAGAAGAAACCUGAAGAAGGAUCAAUCAGUCACAGGGUCCAAAGAUUGGCAAAAUAUCGGUUUUUAAAUAAGCAAUCAGAUCUUUUGCUUAAUGCUGAUGACCUGGAUGCAAUGUGGGUUUGCUUGAGAGAAAACUGUGUUAUUGAUGAUGCUACUGGUGCAGAAAAGAUGAAUUAUGAAGAUUUUUGCCACAUAGCCUCAGUAUGUACAGAACAAAUAGGCCCCAAAUGUCGACGGUUUUUUAGCCCUUCUAAUUUCAUGAAGUUUGAGAAAGAUGAAUCUGGAAGAAUUGCCAUUUUGCCCUUUUACCUUUAUGUGAUGCGCACAGUUUCACUUACCCAGGCCAGAAUAGAUAUGAGUGAACUUGAUGAGGAUUCAGAUGGUUUCCUCCAGCCUCAUGAAAUGGAGGCUUAUAUACGAGGUCUUAUUCCUAAUUUAGCACAACUACGCGAUAUGCCUGCACAAUUUGUUCAGAUGUACUGUCGCAUAGCUGCACACAAAUUCUUCUUCUUCUGUGAUCCUCAUAGGCGAGGGAAGGCCUGCAUAAAGAAGGUGCUCCUUAGUAAUUGUCUUCAGGAACUAAUGGAAUUGCACCAGGAAAGUGAGGAAGAAGUCACUGACACUGAACAAGCUGAAAAUUGGUUUUCUUUGACAUCUGCACAACGCAUAUGUGAUAUGUUUCUUGCACUUGAUAAAGAUAUGAAUGGAACGUUGAGCAAGCAAGAGCUUCGAGAAUAUGCAGAGGGUACACUCACUGAAAUUUUUAUUGAAAGAGUGUUUGAUGAGCAUGUCCGUCGUGGCAAAAGUGGAGGAGGAAAUGCACGGGAGAUGGACUUUGAAAGUUUUCUCGACUUUGUGCUGGCCCUAGAAAACAAGGAUACUCCAGAAGGUUUAACAUAUUUGUUCCGUUGUCUUGAUCUUCAUGGACGGGGAUACCUAACAACAGCUGAUAUCCACUCUCUUUUCAGAGAUGUGCACCAGAAAUGGAUUGAAGGUGGAAACUACGAGUUGUGCAUCGAAGAUGUUAGGGAUGAAAUCUGGGAUAUGGUUAAGCCAACUGACCCACUCAAGAUUACACUGUCUGAUUUGCUAUCUUGUAAGCAGGGUGGGACUGUUGCCAGCAUGCUUAUCGAUGUGCGAGGUUUCUGGGCACAUGAUAAUAGAGAAAAUCUUCUCCAAGAAGAGGAAGAACCAGAAGAAGAAUGAUGGCGUUUCAUGUGCUAACACUGAACAGGUUUCUUAACAUCUGUCUUACACUCUCACAUGUAUGAUUUCAUUUUGGCGUGUGGCUGUAUCUUGCCAUGUGAUGUAAAAGAAGAUAAUAGAAAUUGAUACAUGCUAAUGAUAAAUGGCUCCUGUAAUAGAGUUGUUUGUAAGUUGCUCCAUUUUUAAUCACAUUCCCCUUUGAUAAGAUUCCACUAA